AUGGAAGAAAUUUAUCCAGAACCACAUACCUUAGAUCAGUGUGAUUGCACUUCUUAUUCGUACUUUGGCUUAUCUGUAAUGUUGUUAUCGGUUGGAAGUUAUAUUUCCGUUCUAGCCCUUGGUAAUAUCGAUGGGUAUUUGUUUUCUAAUUUAGGGCAUAUGUGGUUGGUGGGUCCGAUAUUUAUUUGUUCAGGAUUAAUGAUAGCUGUUAAAAGUAUUUUAUAUUUACGUCGAAAAACAUUGAGUAAAAUGUUAAGUCGGCAACGUGCACUUCUUAGGGGUUUUCAACAUUUAACUCAGCGACCGGAUCAAUUACAAAUCGAAAGUAGAAACGACAGUUGUCAGACGCUUCCUCCUGCUUAUGAAGCACUUAUUGAUUGUCAAACUUGUUCGAAUAAAAUUAGAGAUCCAUCUUUGCCAUCAUAUGAGGAGGCCAUGUAUUUAAGUAGAGGAAAACUAUCUAAAUCUGAUGAAUUUUUUAAAAUUCCUUCAGCCAGGUAA